AUGAGCGAAACAAAGAUGAACGUCGACCCGGCACGAGCAUCUGCUCUCAUUUCGCAAUUAAAGGGCGUCAGCGAGAGGGUAGCUGCGGUGGCUAAGGGUCGUCCAAGACUUAAAGGAGUUGAGCCAAAAAGCCGAGUUGCUACCCAAGACUAUCCAAUGGCAUUUUAUCGGUGGUCUCCAGUCAGCAUCGACAACCUCAAGAAAGCGCAGCUGCUUGAUAAGUACAGGGGCGAGAAGAUCAAGGCUGAACCCGAGACGCAAAAACUCAAUAUCCAUGUCCAGGUAAACACGUCUGGCGAGGAGUCCAAAUCCGGAUGCGCGCCGGGAGAAGAACUGGUGUCGCUCUGCCGGUCCAUUGUCAACGACUGUCCCAGCCUGCACUUGCUCGGUUUAAUGACCAUUGGGGCUAUUGCCCGAAGUGUGGCUACCACCGCAGAAAACGAGAACGAGGACUUCAAAGUUGCUGGCGAAGCAGAGGGAUUUGGUUGUCAAAGAACUGGGCUUGAACAGGGAACUGGAGUUGAGCAUGGGCAUGAGCGAGGAUUUUGA